AAAUUAAAAAAUAAAUCACAUGUUUGAUUCAGGAGAAAUAGUUGUAAAAUAUAAACACAGUAUUGUUAAAAUAAUUUUUUAUCAAUUUCUUUAUUAUUCUACACAUGUACUUCAGGUGGCUAGAAAUGCACUCAGACUGUUUUUUUUUGUUUUUGUUUUUUUUUUAAUAUUGAUAAUGAAAUGUUGAUAUUUUGUCCUGUCUGACAAAUAAUAUGGAAGCUUGCACUGACGGCAGCUCCACCCUUCUCUGAGAUUUUUCUCUUCACUGAUGCUCCAGCCAAAGAUGCCUAUCUAAGAAACACUAUUGUUGCUCUUACAGAGAGCACAAAAUCUGAGGUUACUUUCAUGCUCACAAGCAUUGCAGCUGGCCGCCGCCGCCGCAGAACCUCUCAGGGUCUGGCUCCUCGUGCAAUGAGCCAAUUUGAUUUCCAGUUAUACCGAGACUUAGCUCAGUCUUCUGGAGGUCAGGCCAUUCAGGUCACUAAGUCAGAACUCUCACUGGCUACCGGUGUUAUAGUAGACUCAUCAGCCAGUGCUGUGGUGACAGUUCUUCAGGCAGCUGGGAAUCCUGGACGGUCAAGCAAUUUUGCUUUUGCUGUUGAUGGCUCAUUAAGGAACAUAAAAGCUUACAUCACGGGAGACUCACCUCUCACCUUCACCCUCACCAGCUCCACAGGUGUUUCUCAGACUUCCAGUCAGUCCAGUGGUCCUCUGGCAUCCUUCACCACAGCAGGAAACAUGCGUCAUUUAAGCCUCAACACUAAUAAUCAAACGGGGCUUUGGCAAAUCAGUGUUAGCUCAAGUAAACCUUACUUAGUUAAAGUUACAGGUCAAAGUUCAGUGAACUUCAUUUAUAACCUUGUCGAAGAGCAUGAGGGCGCCCAUGGGGACUUCAGUCUAAAAGAAGGACGUCCUCUGUCAGGUGGUAAUGCCAGCAUCUUGGUCACUGUGACAGGAAGUGACACAGUAAAGGUCACAGAUAUCACACUUUUUGACAACUCAGGCCCAACAGAGGUCAAAGGAUCAUUGCAGUCAUUAGGAAGAAGUGAUUUUCUGGUGACAUUUACUGGAAUCCCAGCAGGUGAAUUUGUGCUUAUCCUGAAAGGAGAAGACACCAGCUCCAAUUCCAAAUCCACUUCAAGCAGCUUUCAGAGACAAGGGUCCACACAGCUCAAGACCUCUAGCAUCUCUGUCACUGCCCAAGCUAAUAAUACCAACAUAGAGCCGGGCACCACUAUCUCCAUUCCUUUCACAGUCACCACAACUACUGAUGGAGUUAUAAAUGACUCUGUAACUAAGACUUUUACCGUGCUAGUCAGCAAUGACCGCAAUUAUGCUUCCACUGCACCCAGCAGCGUUGCUAUUCUAGCUGGCAGUGGGGGUAAAGCCAAUGGCACUGUAACCCUAACAGCUCCAUCCAGUGCUCCACCAGGAACAGAUGUGACCCUUACCAUUGAGGCAAAAAGUGCCACUGCCACUGACAUCAACUAUGUAGUUCUCAGGUUUUCUGUGACUGCUAAGGUGACAGAUGUUACCCGUCCAGUUUGCCAGGUAGUCAGUACAUCAACCUGUGAUUCCUCUUCAUUGCUUUGUGCUUCCUCACAUUGGAAGUUCAUUGCUAAUUUCACUGAUGGCAUCAAUGGAACUGGCAUUGAGAGUCUAACAAUCAGCCAAGGGAAUGGUACUCUGAAUAUGAGCACAGUGGUUGGAGCAGGGGGUGAUAAUAUUACACUGGUUACCUACACUGCGUCCUGCUGCUCACAGAUUGUGGAGGUGAUUGCUGUAGAUAGUGUAGGAAAUGUGGGGACAUGUGUGGGACAGGCUACAGUGCUUACCACACCUCUUCCUGCAACUACAUCUGCAGUUCAAGCUACAUCCUCCGAAUGGAACACUUUCCUUUGGCUCAGUGUUGUGUUUUCAGUACUUUGCAAGUAACAGAGAACAGAAAUAGAAUUGCAAAGAAUUUGUCAAUCUGUGGCAAAUGAGUCAAAUGACCUAUCCUUGCUUGCUGAGCUGAACUGGCUAUGAAGCAAAACACUGAGAAAAAAAAUCUCUUUUGAUACUGAGACCUGAUGUUAUCCAUGCACAUUGGCAUGUUUAAAUUAACUUAGAAAACUUUAAAACCUAAAGCCUUGGUGCAUAUUUAGCUAAUAUGCUUCAUUAGAAACCUUUUGGCCAGGUAAUGACUGUAAUUUUAACCAAAUACAAUGUUACACACAAAAUUACAAUAAAUUGCUGUUUUAUGUGUUGUGAUUUAAUCAACAAGCUCUCUCUCUCUACAUAUAUACGCCACUACUCAGACCUUUGGUAUCACUUCUAUUUUCACUUGUUUUCCAUGAAAUCACAUAUGAAAGUACUAUGAACACAAAAUGUAAUGAACAGGGCAUGGUGACUCAGAGUUAGUACUAGCUAAUGGUGAUUUUAAUCACAAUACUGAAUGUAUUUGAAGCUCUUACAACCUAGGCAUUUUAGCUGUCAAGUUAUUUAAGGUAAUUGGUGGCAACGUGGUACUGCUGAUUAAAUGAGAUCUGUUAUGAUAGUUUUGCUUCAAAGUCUGAAUAGUUUACCAGCUCAUUACCAGCUCACAUUUGUUUAAUUAACAAAUCAGGUGGUAUUAAUUAUGUGUGGUAACAAAUGAUAGUUGAAAUUAUAUUUGUCUUUUUUCAUUUAAA